CGCUUUUUGCUUCCUCCAUCGCAUCGUUGCGUCUCGAGUUCGCCUUACGGUUGUCCUCAUCUCUGUGAGACUGUCCUGCGGCCUCGCGUCUAUACCCACCCUCAACACUCAACGAAUGAGAGGUAUGUUCUUCACCCUUGCGAAGGAACAUUGAUCUAAACCGAUUCUUGACCCUAUACCAUACCUGGUAAUACCCAUUUUCAUUAUUCUUUCGGGUGCUCUGGUGCCUAGAAGGUAAAUUCAGUUGGAUGGGGCUAAUAGUCGUUUCAAAGAAGCAUUACGUGGCUCGGAAACACAUCUUCAAGAACUUCGGGCUUACUUAGCAUUGGCCGGGACGACUGUGUAUAAAAAUCCGGUUCAAACUCGAGCCAACUCCUAAACUCACUCAACACAAACGAAAAAGCCAUGAUAACUGUAUAUGAUUUGGGACCCUCCAAGUUCCCGGAAGCCUUUGGUUGUUCCCCUCACGUACGAAAAAUAAUCUUUGCGCUCAACUACAAACAGCUCCCGUUCAAAGUGUUCAUCAUUACAUCGUCGACCAUCGACUCCGUGGCUAAAUCAGUUGAGGCCCCUCCAACCGCUACCAAACCCGACGGUUCACCCAAAUACACGGUUCCCUUCAUCCACGACUCCACGACCGGAAGGUCUAUCUCUGAUUCAUUUUUGAUUGGGGAAUACCUUGACAAAGCGUACCCACACACACCAAAGCUUGUACCAGAAGGUACUCGCGUGUUACAAACCGUCUUUAUCGACGCUUUCACCGCCAAAUUCCAACUGUUGUCGCCAGUUUUUAGUCCCAGCUUCCGCAGGUCCUUAUCCCCUGAGCUCAGGGAACGCAUAGCUUUUUUGAAGGGGCCACUUCCUGAUCUACUCCCGGCUCAUGAACAGAAAGAGGUAUGGGAGAAAGCGAGGAAGGGUCUUGAAGAGCUGUUGUCAGACGCGGCCUACGGACAGUCUGGUUCGGUAUUUGUGGGCGGGGAUAAACCGGUUUUCGCAGAUUUUGUGUUGGCGGCUUUACUUGUGACUUUCAAGGUUAUGAACGGGGAGGAUAGUGACGAGUGGAAGGCCGUGUGUGGGUGGAGUAAAGGAAGAAUAGGGAGGUUGGUUGAGGAGGUUUUGCGGUACGAGAGAGUCUGAGAAAAUUACUAGUACUGUUAGUCGCCUAUUGGAGAAUAAAAAAUUGGGGUUUUGGCAUUAUUGAA